AUGAUUGUGACGGGUAAAAGCGACGCAGAGCAUAUGGCUAACCUGGAGGAGGUCCUUCGACGGCUGCACCACCAUGGGUUAAGAGCCAAUAAAUCGAUGUGUGAGUUCUUCAAAGAAAAGAUCACGUUCUGUGGCCACGACAUUAAUAGUGAAGGCCUGCACAAGACCACCGACAAGACAGCUGCAAUGGUGAAUGCUCCUCGCCCCCAGAGUGUUGCAGAGGUACGCUCCUUCCUGGGAUUGGUGAAUUAUUACCACAAAUUCCUGCCAAACCUUGCUACAAUCCUGCAUCCUUUGAACCAAAUGCUGGAAAGUAAUUACCAAUGGAACUGGACAGAUCAAUGCGAAGAAGCCUUUUGCAAAGUUAAAGCAAUGAUUGUUUCAGAUCUGGUGCUUACCAAUUAUGAUCCUAACCUUCCCUUACAACUGGCUUGUGAUGCUUCACCUAUAGAAAUUGGAGCGGUACUGUCCCAUGUGAUGACAGACGGCACAGAGCGCCCGAUAGCGUUUGCAUCGAGAUCCCUGUCGAAGGCGGAGCGCAACUACGCACAGAUAGAUAAAGAAGCACUAGCUACAGUGUGGGGAGUCAAGAAAUUCCACAAUUACCUUUUCGGUAGGAACUUUACCUUACUGACUGAUCAUGAGCCUCUCACUUCAAUCUUUCAUCCCAGCACAAGCCUUCCUGUUGUCACUGCUGCUAGAUUACAACGCUACGCUUUGUUCUUGGCGGGUUUUGACUAUACAAUUAGAUACAAGAACACUAAGUUACACGGGAAUGCGGAUGGUUUGUCUCGAUUACCCUUGCAUAGUGAGACAACAGAAGAAAAGCCAGAUCCAGUGGGCCUCUUCUAUGCCACGCAGUUUGAGCCUUUGUCAGUCACAGCAGAACAGGUCAAACGAGAAACACAGAGAGAUCCUCUAUUGGUGAAGGUCCAUGAGUUGGUUAUGAAAGGAUGGUCCACUCCACAAGAUGAAGCGAUUAAACCAUUUUACCAGCGGAAAGACGAACUGACAGUUCACUGUGGUGUCCUAAUGCUUGGACACAGAGCAGUCAUUCCUGCAAAGUUGCGUAAUCAAGUGUUAACCGAGCUUCACGAAGGUCACCUCGGUAUUGUUAAAAUGAAGUGUCUGGCGCGAAGUUACAUCUGGUGGCCCAAAAUUAAGGACUUGAGCACCUAG